UGAAUAAAUUAAACUACGAUGUGGCGGGCUGUUCUAUAUUCUAGUGCAAUCAUUUUCAUUUUGGUGAGUCAUCUCGACACAGCUCCAGUUUACCCAUACUCAGCGCGUGGGCCGCGGUAUACAGUGAGUAAUGGGAACGAGAUGGCGAAGCCGUACGUGGAGGUGCGGAACGGGACGUACCACGGCAGCGGGCCGCGCGAGGAGGCGCGGGCCAUGUGCUCGGUGAAGACGCUGGAGGUGAACGCCACUGCCAACGCUACCAUCACCAGGAGGCUACAUGGAGUCGUUACUUCAAGAGAGCUGCACAGCUCGAUCCAGCGGUUGGAGGUGAUCAUAUACGGGCAGAUGCAACAGCUGUGGCAGAGCCUGGACGCGCUGCGCGCGCAGCUGGGCGCGCGAGAGCCGCUCCCGGACCGCCGCAGCGUCGUGUUCCGGUUCAAGCCGGAAGGGUAGGCCCCCAUUCAUUGGUGCAAUGAUAUACUGUGUCCGGUAUAGUGCGACAC